AUGCCUUCAGCGCCAACGGCUGAUUGUGAAGUACCCCAAUUGAUUGAUGAAGUGGGAUCUUCUGCUACCAACGGGCAUUUGAAUUUUCAAAUGCUUGCAACUUUUCAACUAAACGAAAAUGACCCUCUGCAUCCACACAAUAUAGGGAUAGUCAGAAAAUGGUUAGCUGUUGCUACUGUCUCGAUGGGCUCGCUUUGUGUGGCCUGCGCUUCUUCAAUCUAUUCCACAACUUACAACCAGCUUCUGAAGGAUUUCAAUUGCUCUCAUGAGGUAGUCACACUUGGUCUUUCCCUGUUCAUCUGGGGAAUGGGUAUUGGGCCACUGAUAUUGGCUCCAUUAUCGGAGAUCUAUGGUCGAAGAAUCGUUUACUUAUGCUCACUGACUUUUUUCUUUAUCUGGCUUCUACCGUGCGCCGUCGCAACGAACAUACAAACACUUCUUGUCGGUCGUUUUCUCGAUGGUUUUGCCGGUAGUGCGUUCUUGAGUGUUGCAGGAGGCACGGUGGGGGACUUGUUUCCUCGUCAUCGCCUGGCUUUUCCCAUGAUGAUAUAUACUGCCAGUCCGUUCAUUGGCCCGGAAAUAGGCCCGCUGCGUUGGACCUUCUAUGUGCUGUUAUGCUGGGCUGCGGUCUUGAUUCUAUUGGUAUACUUCUUUGUACCCGAAACAUAUCUGCCAGUUCUUCUCAAAAGAAAGUUACAGCAUUUACAGAAUGAGCCCCUCGAGAAAGAUUCGCCGUUCUUGCCCAAGAAGCUUUUACAUUCCAUGUCUAAGCCCAUGCUCUUGCUUAGUAUGGAGCCUAUGUGCUUAUGUCUCUGCGUAUACUCAGCAAUACUCCUUGGUAUUCUCUAUUUAUUCUUUGGCGCUUUCCAAAUUGUUUUCGAAUCCGUUUACAGGUUCGCUCUGUGGCAGUGCGGGCUUUCUUUCCUUGGUCUUCUGGUCGGAAUGCUUUUUGCUGUGCUGUGUGAUCCAUUCUGGACAUCCAACUACCUCAAAUUGGAGAAAAAGCACCAGAUCCUCUGCGGAGAGGAUUCGGGGUUUCUUCCAGAAUGGCGACUGCCACCAGCUAUCGCAGGAGCGCCUUUAGUGACAACGGGCCUUUUUGUCUUUGCUUGGACAACAUUUUCCAACGUUCAUUGGAUGGUUCCAAUAAUCGGAAGCAGUAUGUUUGGAGCAGGAACAGUUUUUGUUUACUCGGGGGUCUUCACGUUUCUUAUUGAUGCGUACCCUACCUAUUCUGCCAGUGCAUUGGCAGCAAACAGUUUCACUCGAUCUAUAUUUGCGGGAAUCUUCCCAUUAUUUGGAACACAGAGUGAGUUAAAUUUCUCAGCAGGCCGCGGAGAAAAGCAUUAA